GUGUAAUUUGCAAAUCCCAUGGCUUCCACACCUGUUAUGUUCUUACUGUUCUUGAUGCUAUUUGCAAAAGAAGCCACAGCUGAAAAAAUCAUUCAGUUGGGGUCUUCGCUCUCUCCUAAAGGCAAUCAUAGUUCAUGGGCAUCAAGUUCUGGCCAUUUUGCUUUUGGGUUUUACCAACAAGGUAAUAGUGGCUUUGGUGUUGGAAUAUGGCUGGUCACUCCACCUGAAAACACAAUUGUGUGGACUGCUAACCGUGAUAGUUCUCCAGUCUCCUCUAAUUCCUCAUUGGAUUUGACCAAGGAUGGCCGGUUGCUUCUUCGAAAUGGGAAGGAAGACCAUGAUCUCAUUUCAACUGCAAUUUCAGAUUAUUCAAGGUCGCUUCCAUAUGUUUCAAAGCCAAUAGCUUCGGCAUCCAUGAAUGAUUCUGGAAACUUUGUGCUCUAUGAUGAGAAAUCUGUUGUUAUCUGGCAAAGCUUUGAUGAUCCAACCGACACCAUAUUAGGAGGUCAGUAUUUAACUUCAGGUGACAGCCUGGUCUCAAGUAUGUCCAAAUUAGACCAUUCGAGGGGAAGUUUCUAUCUCAGCAUGCAAUAUGAUGGAAAUCUCGUUGCUUAUCCUGCGAGCAGAAUACAAGAUCCACAGGAUACUUAUUGGGCUUCACAGACUCAAUUUGAGGGAAGCCAUCUCAGUCUUAACGAUGAAGGCUCUCUUUGCGUAACUGGUUAUGUCAGAGACCUUCUCUGUCUUACUGAUAGCAUCCCUAGAAACAAGUCGCAGAACUCAACUUCAAUCUACCGCACAACAUUAGAUGUAGAUGGGAACUUGAGAUUGUAUGAGCACCAAUUUGAGGGCAAUACUAGCUCAACUGUGAAAAUGCUGUGGCAAGCCUUGCCUGAUCAAUGUCAAAUCCCGGGGUUUUGUGGUUUGAACAGUUAUUGCUCCAACAUGAGCGGCAAUGCUGUGUGUGAGUGUUGUCCUGGUUUCGUCCCCUCCAAACGCAGUGGUAACGUGUCUCUGGAUUGCGUGCAGAACCAUAGCAAAGAUGAUUGUGAAAGUGUUGAAGACCCAACGAUGUUGUACAAUGUUACUCAAUUGGACAAUAUGUAUUGGGGUGAUACUCCGUAUUCAGUUAUAACUGUGAAGAUGGAAACUUGCAAGAAGUCUUGCCAGCAAGAUUGUAAUUGCGGGGCAGUAUUAUAUUCGAACGGAAACUGCAAAAAAUAUAGGCUUCCACUUGUAUAUACCAGAAGGAUUCAAAAUUCAUCAACCGUGGGCGUGGCCCUCCUAAAGAUGCUUUCGGGUUUUUCUCCAAUUCAGCCAAGUCCAACUAAGGCUAAGCCUAAGCCUAAGAUUGUUAUUGUUGUUGAUGAUAACAAGACAAGUCUGAUAAUGAUUCUAGCCUUUACUUUGGGUUCCAUUUCGUUGUUUUGUUUGGGGUUUGCGGUGUCCAUUUUCUUCACUUAUAGACGUAAAGUUUAUAUGUAUAAAACGUUGUCUGCAAGUGAAAAUCUGGGAUUUACUGAAGAUUGUUCGUUGCGUUUGUUUUCUUUUGAUGAACUUGUCAAAUCAACUGGAGGAUUCACGGAAGAGGUGGGUAGAGGAUCAUUUGGAGCUGUUUAUAAAGGUACAAUAGGUGACAGUAACAGAAGUAUUGCUGUCAAGAGAUUGGAGAAGAUUGUUGACGAAGGGGAGAGGGAAUUCCGAGCUGAAAUUACUGCCAUUGCUCGAACACAUCAUAGGAAUUUGGUUAAGCUUAUUGGUUUUUGUAUUGAUGGAUCUAGGAAGCUUCUUGUUUAUGAAUAUGUUAGUAACGGGUCUCUUGCAAAGCUUCUCUUUAACGGUGAGAAGCACCUAUCCUGGGGAGAGAAAUUGAAAAUUGCAAUGGAUGUGGCUAGAGGGGUCCUGUAUCUACAUGAAGAGUGUGAAGUCCGCAUUAUUCAUUGCAAUAUAAAGCCUCGAAAUAUACUUAUGGAUGAAGCGUGGACUGCAAAGAUCUCUGAUUUUGGAUUAGCAAGGCUAAAGCAGGACAAUUCAGCAGGGGAUGAGACAAGCCGAUACCUGGCACCUGAAUGGCAGAAGGAUGCAUCGGUAUCGGUAAAAACUGACAUUUACAGUUUUGGUGUGGUAUUAUUGGAGAUUGUGUGCCGCAGAAGCAGUAUAGAUAUGAAUGUUUCCUCACCUGAGAAGAUACUUCUUUCCAGCUGGGUAUAUCAAUGCUUUGCAGCAGGGCAGUUGAAUCGGCUUGUUACAGAUGAAGAUGAUGUAGAUUGGAAGAUGUUGGAAAGAAUGGUGAAGGUGGGGUUGUGGUGUGUGCAAGACCAUCCAUCUCUUCGUCCCUCAAUGAAGAAUGUCAUCUUGAUGUUGGAAGGAUUGAAAGAUAUUCCAAUUCCUCCCUCUGCAGCCCUCUUGGUUAAAUAAUCCAGGGACAUUUUAUUGCUUGUAUAAUUUGUCUUUUUACACGUAUAUUUAGUACGUGCACUACUGUAGUUUCAUUUUUAUCUUUUAUCUUUUAUCUUGAAUUGUUGUUCAGGUUGUGUUCUUGUGAUGAAUUACAUCAGAAGUUAGCUUCCCUAAUUGCCAUCCGUGGUAGUUCAUGCAAUAAAAGACUUUUAUUUUCA